CAUUCGUAGAGGAAUCUUGCAGUAACAGCAAAGUCGCCUGCAGAUGGCGCUGGAGCUCCGCAGAAGAGCGCGGCGCUGCGAGUGGAGACAGCCGCCUGUGAGUGCUGUUCUGGGGCAUGUGGCACAGAGGAAUGGGGCCGCCUUCUACCCUGACCCUGGCCCGUCGAUGAAAAAAUCGACCGAGCGGCAAAAAGGGCUGGGGGAUGCAAAACCGGAGCAGAAGAAACACGGCAGACAAAAAUGGAGGAAUGCUGAUGCUCCUAAAUAUGGAGUGUCGCCUGCUUUGCGGAAUAAACGAUUGUACGCCGAUGUAGCUGGUCAGGGAGUUUGUCCAAGCAAAGAUUUGGCUGCUACUUUUUUUAAUCGCUUAGCGUUGAUACACACACAUCUGCAGUGAUGCGGGUUGUGGACUGGAGUCGGACCGCUGUGAUUGUACUCUACCUUUUGGGAUACCAUGUCUCCAAAGCGGUCGCCAAAACACUACAGGAGGACAACGCCACCGAAGAGGUGACUCUCAAGGUCCACCUGAGUGAUGCCAGCACCCAUCAGCCCCUGGGAGGAGCUACCAUAGAACUCUUCACUAACCACACUUCUGUAACCACGGAAACCUCAUUGGCUGAUGGCAACGCCUACCUGCGCUUCCCCUACCGUCUUGGGACAACAUUGAUUGUCACUGCAACCAAACAGGGAUAUGUGCCAAACUCUGUGCCCUGGACUCCCUCCAGACUGCCUGUAUUUUCCUCAAUCAGCGUGGACCUACUACCAGAAAGAGCUGCUACAUUGAUGGUUUAUGAUGAUGUGGUCCAGAUUGCCUCUGGCUUCCAAGGUUUGAGGAGCCAGCCCUCGGUUCAGUUUCAGCGCAGGGCCUUGAGUCUUCCUCCCAACACAUCCUAUGCCAACCUGACCGCUCUGCUCACCGUGGCAAACUCCCCUGCCCACAUCCAGCACUUCCCUUACCUUCAGGGGCUCGGUGGCAAUGGCACAGGGACUGAGAAGAGGUUUGAGCUGACUCCUGUGGUAGCCAUCUCUGUUCACCUAUUGGCCAACGAGGGAGUGGAGCUGCAGGUGAACGAGCCGAUCAGCAUCUCCGUGCCUCUGCCGGCUGACAGUGGCCUGAAGGAAAAUGAUCAUAUCCCUGCUUGGAGAUUCGACCCACGCUUGGGGGCCUGGUUAAAGAGCAGCCUGGGUUAUGUGCAGAAGGAGGGCCAGCAGCUCAGUUUGACCUACAUUGCCCCUCAGCUGGGAUACUGGGUGGCCGCCAUGUCUCCACUACACUCAGGUCCUGUGGUGGCGAAGGACAUCAGCACAUACCACACAGUGUUUCUGUUGGCUAUACUGGGAGGCAUGGCUCUCAUCCUGCUCUGCCUCCUCUGCCUCCUACUGUACUAUUGCAGGCGUCGAUGUUUGAAGCCUCGGGGGUCUCACCGCAAACUCACGCUGUCCUCUGGUCUGGACAGCAGUAAGAAAGACCAGGCCACCUCCAUGUCGCACCUCAACCUUAUCAGCAGCGAGGUGCAGUUGGAACUGGUCUCCACGGCAACCGAACCUGACAUGACCACGCCAAUGCUGAAGCCCUCCUCCUAUGAGCAGCAUGACGGUCAGCGUCACCAUGACCUCAUCUCUCACGGCAAACACAGCCGCUCCUCUCUAGGCAACAGCAGCCGCCACGGCUCAUCUCUCGGUAACCUGACGCCUCGCAGCAGAGACUACCGCCAGUCUGUUGAGACGUUUCCACUAAAGUCUGCCCUCUCCGCUGGAACAGACAGGGGGUACCGUCAAUCAUACACCUCCAUCUCCUCAUCUGCCAACCAGGUUUUAGAUGGCCUUUCGUCAGCCAGUCAGGUUCAGGUGUCGGCUAACCAAAUGAGUAAUGCUGGGAUUGUUGAUGUUAUCUCCCCUUCAUCUCCCCCUCACUCCCCCAGCAGAGGGGAAGGAAGUGAGUGUAGACCCGCUGACUACCUUCUGUCCCGUUCUGUGGACCACCUGGAGCGUCCCAGCCCCCCAUCUCUCUCCAGGCCGGGUCAGCUGCUGUGUUGUGGCUCUGUGGACCUGCUGAGCGGGGGAGAAGGCUACCCAAGGGUGCGUCCUACACUGGUGAUCCCAGCCCACUACAUGCGCCUUCCUGGGGAGCACCCCCUGUGUGGCCAGGCCCUGCUGCUGCAGACUGAUCAGCAGAGUGACCUGGAGACCAUCCAGGCUGAGCUCAACGCCUCACAUUCCCAGCAGCCCCUAGGGCAAUCUCCUUCGGAAUGCACACCAGGUCCCUCCAAACAGGGCGACGGGGAGGGGCUCGGCCUGGCAGAUUCUCUGUCUCUUCCAUCAGCACUUGGGGAAACAGCUCUUGUGGAAAUAAACAGCGAGGACACCUUGUUGGCUGAGAAGACUUUAAUGGAACUAAGGGGCGGGAAGCCUCUCCCACACCCACGAGCCUGGUUCGUCUCAUUGGAUGGCCGUUCCAACGCUCACAUUCGCCACUCCUACAUCGAUCUCCAGCGGGCGGGGUGCCACAGCAAUACAGCAGGUGCAGGAGGCCGGCAAGGAAAUGGCAGUGGCGGGAGGCAUGGCAAUGGUAACGAUGCCAGUCUGGACUCUGGUGUGGACUUGAAUGAGCCCAGAACAGGGCGCAGGGGGAGGGAGGGGGAGAGGGAGGAAAAAGAGACUGAUAAAGACAGAUCAAAAGGCAGCUCUCCAGCAAUAGCCUACACCCAGCUGGUGUAUGUGGAUGAUCUGGACAGGGGCGGCAGCGAGGAGGAGAUGGUCAAGUGCUGCCCCCAGGACAGUACAGCUGGACCCCUCCUGUCAGACAAGGCACAGGGUCAUCGAGGGGAGCUGGGGCAGGGGGAUGCAGAAGGGAAUGGAGCAGAGGAGGUACCAAUACAAGAGGAGGUUCCUUCACCUUCUUCUUCCUCCCCUGCCUCUCCUCCCCCCUUACCAACACCAGAGGGCAUGACUUUCAGGACUGAGCGUGCACUGCUGUCAGUCUCUCCUGAUGAUGAUGUAACACAGGAUGAUGGAGAGGAGGAAAAGAAGAGCCCGUGGCAGAGGAGAGAGGAGCGACCCCUGCUGGCCUUCAACCUCAAAUGACCCGGGCUUAACCCUCGACCCUUUCAAUAAGAGCUUCCUGUGUUCAAACCAUAGCAUGAAGGAUGUGUCCACUCCAAUCAGAGCCCUGUAUUCCCCUUUACAUAGCACUGAGACAAUAUGUCAGCACUGGGGGCCUUGCUAGUGCAUAUAGAGAUGGGGCCGUUCAGAUCCUCCAUGAACUUCCAGGUCCCCUUUUUGGAAAUGACCACUGUUGAACUUUCUCAUCAUCGUGCAACGCUACAUGGAUAGACCACUGAUCAGGCAUGACAUACACAUUGCCUGGCUAAGACAUGCAGACAAAAACGAACAGAAUAUUUUAUGCACAACAGAUAUAUGCCUUUUUUUAUAAAUAGCCUUGCAAGCAUUAAGGAACUGUAGAAGAAAUUGGCAGUGGGUGGUUCUCCCAAGAUAAAGCCCAAAGGAAUCUUUUCUUGAGCCAUAUUGGCCUCUGACCACUGACAGACUUUUUGGCUUAUUGAGAGCAGCGUGGCAAGUGCUGGAGGCUGAGCUUGCCCAACAAUCUACCCCUCAUACAAACAUGUAAAAAUGUACAUUAGAUGGGUUUAGGAAUCCUAUGUCAAGAAUUUAAUCUAGCCUAUCGGAAGAUUGUGUGCAUUUACAUGAAGUGCAUAGGGGUUGCAGUGCAUCUUUUGUUUUAUUUUGGUUGAAUGAAGUUGGACUAAUGAAAUCAAACCACUGUCCUCACCACAGCUGAAUCAAGAUAAUGUGACACACCACUAUGGCAGUGGGUAAAGUUAUAAUGCCACUAUAAUAGCUCCACGCAUAAUAAUUGAAAGAUGUAUUAUGAAGGGUUUGUUACUGUUUGUUGAACCACUGACUGGCAUAUUUUGCUCUGAAGGCUAUGCAUCACUUUUAUACAGCUGCUUGAGAUGCCUUUUUUUGUAAUUUUAAUCACUAUAAUUUUAAUUGCCAACAUGAAGUAUUUUACCCAAAAAUAGGCUAAUAUUGUUUUUAUUCAAAUAUGUUAAGGGCUUUUCUUCUUGACCCGCCUUAUCGUUAGUUACACACACACACACAUACACACAUACCUUUUACCUAAAACCAAACUGCUUUCGCUUGCUGUAUUUCACCACUUUUACCAUUUCCUCAUGUUCCAAGUGCCUUUGAACAAGCUGACUCUACAGUUUUGUUGAGCAAAUUACCUUAUUUAUUUCUCACCUUCUUUUGCCUUUAGCUUUUCUCCUCUACCUCAGUCCCCUUCUCUCUCUGCUCCCUGUGAAAGAAAGCAUGCAGUAAACAUCUCCUCAGCACUAGCAUAUUACUUGCCACACUGCAAACAUUUAGGAAAAUAUCUACCAGCUGUAAUUGCAAAAUCCUCUACACUAAUCAGUGAGGCAGUUAGUAUUCCCCUGGGGUGAGCAGUUUAAGAUUUCCAGAGGUUUCCAGUGUAGCAAGAGAUACGGCUAGCUGUGAUUGUAUGUGAAGAUAAACUGCAGGUCAUUUUAGUGCAUUUCUUUAUUUUGGGUUUUGAGUGUGAAUGGUGUCUUGAGGGUGUUUGUCUGUUUUUUGCAGUGUUAUUGUCUGUUCGCAGCGCUGCUGGUUGUGAGUUCACUGUUUUUGUUGUGAGGCUGUGUAUUUGUGCGAGAAAUAAUCAAAAUACAUCCACUCAAGGUUGAUAUAGUUAUAGCAAUCAUACAGAGUGUGUAUAGUUUAUUCCUUUUCACUCUCUCUGCCUGGUCAAAAUGAUGUGUGAGCUUGUGUUGUGAAUGGCAUCUUCUUCUCUCUUAGUAUUGCCAGAAAUGGUUAGGUAUCGCAUAGCAACCACCAGUUUUAGGGUAGAGUUGCACUAUAUUUUAUUGUACACACCACCCCGAGUGUGUAUAUUGGUUGCUUGCAUUAUAUUUGAAGCCUAUUAUUCUGAAUAAACAGCCAAACUGGUG